AUGGAUCCCACUCUACGCCGACGGAGAUCCGAUGGCUCGAGAUCAAGACAGCUCGCGAUCUCCAAAGAUCCCGCGCGCGACGCUCCAUCUCAUGACUCGAGGGACAAUCAUCGACUCGGAAAGGCGACCUUGAACGAAAACACGAUAACCUUCUCUCUUUACGAGAAUGUCGAGCUCGAUACGCCCCACGACGAUGCUUUAAUCAUCACGAUUGACCUCGCCGGGGUUUCUUUUUCAAAGGUUCUCAUCGAUUCCGGAUGCGUAGCCAACCUGCUAUCGCACGAUACCUUCGAGAAAAUCAGCCGACCUGAUUUAGCAAUCAACAAAUACGCUCCUCCCCUCUACAGCUUUGGAGGCGGAAGCAGAGUACCUUUACUAGGAAACGUGGCAAUCACCGUUAAGACACACGAUUCCGAGAAAGAAUUAGAGUUCUCCGUAAUGCAUGACCUUUCCCCAUUCGAUGCUGUCUUAGGACGACCGUGGCUUCAUCAGAUGAAGGCAGUCCCCUCGAUUUACCAUCAAUGCGUAAAGUUUAUUUCCCCUACCGGAGAAAAGACCAUUUACGGGAAUCAAAAACAGUCUCGAUCCUGUUACAUGGCGGAAUACCCAAAAAUGUUUCCGAAGGGGGCGAACCAACCAGCAGUGCGAGAUCCCUCGACAAAAGACCCUGAGAAGGACCUCGCGUGUACUAUUUCCCUAGAUCCGCAAUCUCCAGAGAAAUGCGUUAGCAUUGGACGCGAUCUCAGUCCAAAGAUCAGGGAUGAUCUAGUGGUCUUUCUGAGAAAUAACAUCAACACGUUUGCAUGGUCGGCUGCUGACAUGCCCGGCAUCGAUAUCAACGUCGCAUCACACGACCUAAAUGUCGAUCCCACAUUUAAACAGAUCAAGCAAAAACGAAGAAAACUUGGCCCAGAAAGGGCUAAGGCAGUGAACGACGAAGUUGAUAAACUGCUGAAAAUAGGUUCAAUCCGCAAAGUACAAUAUCCGGACUGGCUUGCCAACCCAGUCGUCGUAAAGAAAAAGAAUGGAAAAUGGAGAGUUUGUAUCGACUUUACGAACCUAAAUAAAGCCUGCCCGAAAUAA